AUGAAGAUCCUCUUCAUCUGCACUGCCUUCAACUCUCUAGCCCAGCGAACGGCGCUGGUGCUCAGACAGAAGGGGCAUGCGGUCACAGUAGAAUAUGCCCUGUCCCCCGAAGUCAUGCUCGAGGCCGCCGAGCUCGCACAGCCGGACCUCAUCAUCUGCCCCUUCCUCACCAAGCGCGUCCCACCUAAGGUCUACAACACAUGGAUGACACUCAUCGUCCACCCUGGUCCUCCUGGCGAUGCGGGUCCGUCUGCGAUCGAUUGGUGCCUCAUCGGUGACAUGGGCGAGCUCGAGGAUGCUGAUCAGCAGCUGGCGCUCAUCGAUGCUAAGCAUACCGCCAAGAACGCUAGAUCCACCAUGCGCAGCCAUUGGGGAGUUACAGUCUUGCAAGCCAUCGAAGCGUUCGAUGCGGGUCCUGUCUGGGCGUUUGAUCAGUUUGAGCUCGGUGAGAGCAACGCUGCCAUGUCCAAGAGCGACCUCUAUCGUGGUCCUGUUACGCGCGCGGCGGUAAAUGCCGUGCUUGCGGCUGUAGACCGGAUCACGAUCGCCGCCGUGCAACAAUCCAGAGACGCUGGCAUCGCUUCGUACCUGCCCGUGAGCGCGUCGCUCGUGGCACCGUCUCAGUUCCGCACUCAGUGCGUCUCGCGCGGAGUACCCUUCCUCGGUGGGCGGACCCACGAUCGCCCCCUACUGCGUGCUUCACAGCGCGACUUUUUCGCACUCCUCCCCACCGGUCCUCCUGGCAGCAGCAGCAGCAGCUCCAAGCCACGCCUGUCCGCCGACGCCGUUCUCCAGCGCAUCCGCAGUGCCGACUCUCAGCCCGGCAUGCUGUCCAACCUGUUUGGCACCCCGCUCUUCCUUUACAACGCCCACGUGCAGCGCGACCCGCUGCCGCCCGCUGUGGCUGCCAGGCAGGCGGCGCUCAACCAGGCAGGGACCGUACUGGCCACUCGCGAAGGGGCGGUGCUCGUCGAUGUCGGCGCUGAUCUGCCGCUCUGGAUCGGCCACCUGCGUCAACCUAAAGCCAAAGCGGACAAGUUCCUGCACCCGAAGCUGCCCGCGGUGAUGGCAUUGCUCUCGAUGCCCGAGACCGCAGCAAAGCUCAGCCUGCUCGAUGCGAGCAAGGUCCCCGAGUGGAGUGCUACGCGUGGAUUUGGAAGUGACCCCGCGCAGCCGUGGAAGCACCGCCCAGGCACGUAUCAGCAGGUGUGGGUCGACGUAGAAUCCAGCCCAAAGACGCACGCAUCGAUCGCCUACGUGCAUGCCGACUUUUACAACGGUGCCUUCUCCACCACCCAAUGCGAGAUCCUGCUAGAGGCAAUCCAGUGGACGCUCAAGCUUCCCAACCUCAAGGCCGUUGUCAUGCUCGGUGGUCCCGGCUACUUUUCUAACGGUAUUGCGCUCAACGUCAUCGAAGGCUCCCCCGACGCUUCUGCGGAGGGAUGGGCCAACAUCAACGCCAUCGACGACUGCGUGCAGGCACUUCUCGCUCCCAAGGGCGUGGUAACGUUCUCGGCGAUGCGUGGCAACGCGGCUGCGGGCGGGCUGGCCAUGGCGACUGCGGCCGAUUUUGUCAUCUGUGCCGAGUCGGCGGUGCUCAACCCGCAUUACCGCGGGUUGGGACUGUUUGGCUCCGAGUGGCAUACGUAUUCGUGGUACGAGCGAUGUGGUGCGCGUGUUGCUGCGCAGUUUGCGAGGGAGAUGCUGCCAAUGAGCUCGCUCGAGGCUAAGCAGAUUGGAUUGGUUGACUAUGUGGUGGACAAUGCCGGUAUGAGCGGCGAGGAGCUGCUCGCAUCUAUCAAGGAGCUGGUCAACGAGGUGAUGGAUGCCAACGUCGAUGCAGCAGCCAGCUCUGGCCUGAGCAUCGUUACUUCUCGUGCGCCGUGGACGCGAUCGCUGCGACCGGACUCCGCCGACACAGCCCAGUCGACCUUGCUUUCGGACCAAAUCUUGCGCAACAAGACACGCUAUCUCGCGUACAUCUUCUCCGAAGGAACACACAGCGCUGCAACCACCACCCGGUCGCUAACCCUGGAACAACAUUUCCAACGCUACCGAAAGCACGAGCUGGAUCAGAUGACGCUCGACUUUUUCCACCCGCAUCGCAACCUGCGAUUCGCCAGCCGCUGCACUGGAUUCGUGCGCAAACUCGUGCCCACUGCGACGCCCGUGCGGUUUGCGUUGCACCGUCGAUACGUCAACGGCGAGUGGUCUGCGAAGACAGCUCAGACCGCGCCCGCUCAGCUGGAUGAGGAGGAGAAGGACGAGUUCGAUGGCCUGCAGGGAUAUCCUGCUUCUGCUGCGGUGGCUCGCCUGCCGAGCGUGCGUCCGGAAUACGUGCCGCACAGUGCCGAGAUCUCAAGGACGGUGCGCGCGCACAGUGUGGGGCAAGAUACGCUCGUUUCGGAGGCAGGCAGUGCGCUUACUCCCGGUGGCAACGAUAGCCAGAGGAGCUCGACGUCGACUGCGCCCACCACGCCACGCGAGGGAAGUCCCAAGCAUGUCUUGUCGCUUGGCGACGAGGAGGCGCAACGCGUCGAGAUUGAGGCGGAACAGUUGCGAGUGCAGCGUGUCGUGCCUCGUGAAGGUCUGUUGGGCAACGACGGUGCUGUCAAGCGAGGACCGACGGUGAUUUCGUUUGUCGCGGCUGGCAAGAACGAGGCUGUUGCUGGAGGCAAAGCACGUGGCGUGACGACGACGAUGCCUGAACGUGGAUCGUCGAUCAAGAAUGCUGCUGUGCCUGCUAGCAGAGGAAGCGUUCCAGCUUCGCCUGCCAAGGAAGUUGGUGACAAGAAGUCACCGAACAAGAUCCAGCGCUUCUUCCUCUCGCUCGGUCGCAAGAGCCGAGCCAACCUUCAGAGCGACCCUGAAGCGUCUGCUUUCGUCGUUGUCCCCGCCGCCGCUGCCGUACCAAAGCCCGCUGCCGUUCCGAUCGCACCCGCUGCUUUCCAGCCUGCUGAACCCGCUCCACUGCCGGCGACUGCGGCCCGCAGCGAAACAGAGACGCGUCAACGCCGUCGCUCGUCGAUCUCGGACGUCUUCUCGAUGCUGCAAACUGCCAACCGCCCAGCCUCACAAGGCGGAGGUGCAAGUCAAGACUCCUCGACCGCAUCCGCCACCAAGGCAGAACGUCGUCGCUCGUGGCGGCCCACCUCCUCUCCGUCGUCCUCUGCCUCGCUUGCAUCCGAUCGCGACCCCUCUGCCUCGCCAAACAAAUCCCUUCCCCCAACCCCGGGCAGCAAAUCCAACGGGUUCCAGCCCAACAUGACCGCCACGCCCAAGAUCGUCGAGGAAGCGGCGUUUGUCAGCGCUGCGCUCAGCGUCGAGUCGCCCGAGGAGCCCGAGGCCGGCGCGUGCCUGUGGAGCUGCUACUACUCGGAGGAUGGCGUCAAGCACCAGCGCAAUAGUGCGCCCGUGCUGGCCGCUGUGCAGCCCGCUGUUCCCGCUGUUCCCGCUGCUUGA